GCCCGUGACGUGUUCGAGGAGGCGGUGCAGACGGUGAUGACGGUUCGGGAUUUCACCACCGUCUUCGACCGCUACGCCCAGUUCGAGGAGAGCCUCAUCGCCGCCAAGAUGGAGACCAGCGCCGAGAUGGGGCGCGACGAGGACGAGGAGGUGGAGCUGGAGCUGCGCCUGGCGCGUUUCGAGGCGCUGAUGUCGCGGCGGCCGCUGCUGCUCAACAGCGUCCUCCUGCGGCAGAACCCCCACAACGUCCACGAGUGGCACAAGCGCUGGGUGGCCUUCGCCCGCUUCUACGAGGACAACGGGCAACUGGAGGAUGCCCGCACCAUCCUGUCCAAGGCCACGCGGGUGCGGUUCCGGCAGGUGGAGGAUUUGGCGGCCGUUUGGUGCGAAUUUGGGGAGAUGGAGCUGCGCCACCACAACUACGAUGAGGCCCUGCGCAUCCUGCGGAAAGCCACCGCGCUGCCCGCCAAGAGAGCCGAAUAUUUCGACAGCACCGAGCCCGUCCAGAACCGCCUCUACAAAUCCCUGCGCGUCUGGGCCAUGCUGGCCGACCUGGAGGAGAGCCUGGGCACCUUCCAGUCCACCAAGGCCGUGUACGACCGCAUCCUGGACCUGCGCAUCGCCACCCCCCAGAUCGUCAUCAACUACGGCCUCUUCCUGGAGGAGCACGGCUACUUCGAGGACAGCUUCAAGGCGUACGAGCGGGGGGUGGCGCUGUUCCGCUGGCCCCAUGUGCGGGACGUGUGGCACACCUACCUCACCAAGUUCGUCGCCCGCUACGGGGGGCGCAAGCUGGAGCGGGCGCGGGACCUGUUCGAGCAGGCGCUGGACGGGUGCCCCCCGAAAUACGCCAAGA